AUUUUAUCUUUCAGUAUUGUAUUACUGCGAUUUUGAUAGCAGUUUUUGUAAUAUACGACAAGAGACAAAUAAUAAUGGAUAUAAAUGGUACCUGACGCCUAGACGAACGUCUACCGACAAAACAGGGCCGGAAAGGGCGCACUCUAACGGUCGCUAUGUGUACGCAGAAGCUAGUAAAGGCAAGCCCGGAGACAAAAACAUGAUGCAGACGGGCUGGAUUGAACCAAGAUCUACAAACAUUUCAAUUUCUUUCUAUCGGCAUAUGUAUGGAGUGCAGGUUGGUCAUCUGAGGGUGCUUGUACAGGUGUGUGAUGGUGUUACGUCAUCUAGUAAACACGUAUGGGAAUCGUCAGGCAACACCGGCAAUGAUUGGCUAAAAACAGAUGCUUGCGUGAUAUUAGGGAAUUCCCCUCGUCGUUUUAAGUUACAAUUUGUAGCUAUUCGUGGAAUUGGGGAUAUGGGUGACAUUGCAAUUGAUACGUUGGAAGUCAAGGACAGUCCUGCUUUAGAAGAAUCCUGCUAUAACGGACUAGGCAUAGAAAAUGGAGUUAUUCAAGGGUCUGCACUCACGGCUUCUAGUUCGUUCGGAAUCAAGUAUGGGCCUCAGUACUCUAGACUCAAUAGCCUAGCAGAAUCAAGAAGCAAAGGGGGAUGGUCGGCGGGCAAGCUCGACAUUCAUCAGUGGAUACAAGUAGACCUGGGCGAAAUUUACAUCGUCACGGGGUUAGCUGUGCAAGUGAGAUACGACACAAUGCAGUGGGUGUCAACCUAUGCAGUAGAAUAUAAGCUAGAUCUUAUCUCCGGUUGGGAAUAUAUCACAGACGAACACAAUACCAAAGUGAUAUUUUGUGGUUAUACUGCCAAUGCCGAUAAGAGAGCUGUACGUGCACAUUUCACCAAACCCAUCAGAGCUAGAUUCAUACGCGUGCACCCUUUAACUUGGCAUUUGUACAUUAGCCUAUACAUACAUCUAUAUAUAUGUUCAGUAUUUAGAUAG